AUGGCGCCCGCGCGGGUCGCCCAAGUCAUCCAAAGGGCCGCAGCUUUCGUAAACCCUAUCGAUGGUGUGGCCGAGAAGUGGCCGACCAGGGUGCGCAAGCUGCAAAGGCGCGGACUCAUGGCGGCGGCGUUGGCCGUGGCGGUGGGGCUGCCGGCGGUGGCCUCGGUGCCGCCGGACGGCGAUCUCGCCUUCCGCGUGCUCCGCGGCGACUCGCCGAUGGGCGACCACCGCCUGACCUUCCAGCGCGACGGCGCGCGGCUGGAGGUGCUGGUCUCGAUCGACCUCGACGUCAAGCUCGGGCCCUUCACGCUCUACGAAUACACCCACGAGAACCGUGAGGUCUGGCGCGACGGCCGCCUGGUCCGGCUGAGCACCGAGACGGACGACGACGGCGAGUCCUUCUUCGUCGAGGCGCAGCGCACCGACGACGGCUUGCGGGUCGAGACCCGGGAGGGCAGCCGGAUCGUGCCCGGCGACAUCAUCCCCUCGAGCUACUGGAACUACGCCAUCGUCGAGGCCGAGCAGGUGCUCGACACCCAGAAGGGCCGCGUCCUCGACGUCGCCACCGAAUUCGUCGGCGAGACCGAGAUCUGGGUCAACGGCGCGCUGAUUCCGGCGCGCCACUACCGCAUGCGCGGCGACCUGGAGCUGGACCUCUGGUACGACGCCGACCGCGAAUGGGUGAAGACCGCCUUCGAGAUCCGCGGUGAGCAGAUCGAGUAUUUCCGCGGCGGCGUGCCGGAGAACCUGGAGCAGGCGAGCUACUUCGCGCAGCGGCGCGGGGACGGCGGUGCGCUGGACGGCGGUGCGCUGGGCGGUGACGCGCUGGGUGGCGGCGGGGGCGAGCGCUACCGGGGCCUCUCCGCCCUGAGCGACCUCGACCCCGACCGCGACCGGGUGCUGCUGGCCGAGGUCUGGGACGAGGCGACCUACGUCCGCCACCACAAGAAGAAGAUCGCCUUCGUCUUCUCCGCCAUGCGCCACUUCGCCGCGGCGCUGCGCGACGAGGGGGUCGCGGUCGACUACGUCACCCUCGACGAUCCCGAGAACAGCGGCAACCUGCGCGGCGAGGUGGCACGUGCGCUGCGCCGCCGCGCGGCCAAGCGGGUGGUGGUCACGGCGCCGGGCGAGUGGCGCCUGUGGCAGGAUCUGCAGGGUUGGGAGGCGGCGCUCGGCCUGCCGGUGGAGAUCCGCGCCGACGAGCGCUUCUUCUGCACGCCGGCCGACUUCGCCGCCUGGGCGAAGGGGCGCAAGGCGCUGCGCAUGGAGUACUUCUACCGCGAGCUGCGGCGCCGCACCGGCUAUCUGAUGGACGCCGGCGGCGCGCCCGAGGGUGGGCGCUGGAACUUCGACCAGGACAACCGCAAGGCGCUGCCGCGCGCGGUCGCGCCGCCGCCGCUGCCGCAGGUCGCGCCGGACGCCACCACCCGCGCCGUGCUGGAGCUGGUCGACGCGCGCUUUGCCGCGCACUUCGGCGACCUGGAGCCCUUCGGCUUCGCGGUGACGGCCGCACAGGCCGAGCGGGCCUUCGAGGACUUCGUGACGAGGCGGCUGUCCAGCUUCGGCGAUUAUCAGGACGCCAUGGCGCGCGGCGAGGCGACGCUGUUCCAUUCGGUGAUCGCGCUCUACCUCAACGCCGGGCUGCUCGACCCCCGGGCGGUCUGCGCGCGGGCCGAGAAGGCCUGGCGCGACGGCGCCGCGCCGCUCAACGCGGUGGAGGGCUUCAUCCGCCAGAUCCUGGGCUGGCGCGAGUUCGUGCGCGGCCUCUACUGGCUGGAGAUGCCGGACUACGCGCGGCGCAACUUCUUCAACGCCCGGCGCGGCCUGCCGCGCUUCUACUGGACCGGCGAGACGGAGAUGACCUGCCUGGCCGAGACGAUCGGCCAGACCCGAUCCGGGGCCUACGCCCACCACAUCCAGCGUCUGAUGGUGACGGGAAACUUUGCGCUGCUGGCGGGCGUUGACCCCAAGGCCGUGAACGAGUGGUACCUGGCGGUCUAUGCCGACGCCUACGAGUGGGUCGAGCUGCCCAACGUGACCGGGAUGGCGCUGUUCGCCGACGGCGGGCGCCUCGCCUCCAAGCCCUACGCGGCGAGCGGCAAGUACAUCGACCGCAUGUCCGACUACUGUCGGGCCUGCCCCUACGACGUGAAGAAGGCGACCGGUGCCGAUGCCUGCCCCUUCAACUAUCUCUAUUGGGACUUCAUCGCCCGCAAUGGCGAGAAGUUCGACCGGAACCCGCGCAUGUCCAUGAUUCUCAAGUCCUUCCACCGCAUGCAGCCGGACAGGGUGCGGGCGAUGCGGGCCCAGGCGAAGAGCUUUUUGGAGGCGCUGGACACGGUGGGGGGGCUGGGCCGGGCGCUGGCGCUGGAGCUGGCGCGGCGCGGCCGCACGGUGGUCGCCAGCGCGCGCGGCGAGGACAAGCUGACCGAGCUGACCGAGGCGGGCGCCGACUGCGCCGGGCGCAUCCUGGCCUGGCCGCUCGACGUCACCGACGCCGCGGCGGUGGCGGCGGCGCUGGAGCGGAUCGCCGCCGAGGUCGGCCCGAUCGACACGGCGGUGCUCAAUGCCGGCACCCAUCGCCCGGUCGACGGGCGGCAUCUCAGGGCCGCCGACUUCCGCGAGCUGGUCGAGCUCAACGUGAUGGGCACGGUGACUUGCCUGGAGCCGCUGAUCGCCGCCAUGACGGCGCGCGGGCGCGGCCGCAUCGCGGUCGUCGCCUCGCUGUCCGGCUAUCGCGGCCUGCCCUCGGCCGCCGCCUACGGUCUGACCAAGGCCGGGCUGAUCAACAUGUGCGAGGCGCUGCGCCCGGAACUGGCGCUGGCCGGCAUUACCUUGCAGGUGGUCAACCCGGGCUUCGUGCGCACGCCGCUGACCGACCGGAACGACUUUCCCAUGCCAUUCCUGAUGGAGGCCGAGGCGGCGGCCCGCGCCUUCGCCGACGGGCUGGAGUCGCGGCGCUUCGAGAUCGUCUUCCCGCGCCGCUUCGCCUACCUCCUGAAGCUCUUGCGACCGGCCGGAGCCGGCGCGAUGAACCGCGCGGAGACGCUGCGGCGCUACGGCGCGCUCUUCGCGGCGCUGACGCCCGAGCGCCUGCCCGAGCUGGGCGAGCUGGUCGGCGACCAGGUGCGCUUUCGCGACCCCUUCAACGACGUGCAAGGGCGCGACGCCUUUCUCGGCGUCUUUCGGGAGAUGUUCGACACCCUGGUCGAGCCGACCUUUGCCGUGGAGGACAGCGCGCUGGGCGCGCGCGCCGGCUACCUGCGCUGGACCAUGACCUUCCGCACCCGCCGCGGCGGCGCGGCCUGGCGGAUCACCGGCAUGUCGGAGCUGCAGUUCGACGACGACGGCCGGGUCGUCCUGCACCUCGACCACUGGGACGCCGGCAGCCAGUUCUACGCCAGGCUGCCGCUACUCGGCUGGCUGAUCGAGCGGGUGCCGCGCGUGCGGCCGGCCGUCGGCGCGAGCGCUGUCGGCCCAACCCCGCUGCGACGAGUUUCGACGAUGCCGUUUGCCAGCCGUGGCGGAGACUAUCCCCGGCCGUUCGACGAGGCCUAUCGCCAAAGUGUUCUCGACGCCUGCGGCCUGGUCGAUCAGCCGCCGGACCCCGAUCUCGAGCGUGUCGCCCGCCUGGCCGCGCGCCGCUUCAACGCGCCGAUGGCCCUGGUUUCCCUGCUCGAUGGCGGCCGCCAGUGGUUCCCCGCGCAGGUCGGCAUGGCGGCGCGCGAGACGCCGCGCGAUUGGGCCUUCUGUGCCCACGCGGUGGUCCUCUCCGCGCCGCUCGUCGUCGCGGACGCCCAGGCCGACCCGCGCUUCGCCGACUCGCCGCUGGUCACCGGGGCGCCCUACCUGCGCUUCUACGCCGGCGUGCCGCUGGUCGUCGAGGAGGCCAGGCUGGGCACUCUCUGCAUUCUCGAUACCGUUCCCCGGCCGGCGUUGCGGGCGGAGGAGCUUGCCGAUCUCGAAGACUUCGCGGCCCUGGCCAGCAGCCUGCUGACGGCGCGGCGGGCGAGCGGCGACGGGCUGCAGGCCCAGGAAGCCGAGCAGGCGCGGGAGCGGAGCCGCGCCCUGGCCCUGCUCAGUCACGAACUGCGCACCCCCUUGAACGCGCUGCUGGGCUUCGCCGACAUCAUCGCCGACGAAGCGCUGGGGCCCGUCUCCCCGCCGGCCUAUCGCGACUAUGCCGUGCAUCUGCGCGAUGGUGGCCGCCGCCUCGAGCGGCUGGCGGACCGCGCGCUGCGCUACACCCAGAUCGCGCUGGGGCGGGUGGAGCUCGACGAGGAGGCGGUCGGGGCCGCCGAGAUCGUCGCGCGGGCCUGCGGCCUGAUCGCCGCCCAGGCGCGACACGCGGGCGUCACCCUGGUCGUGCCGGACCCGCCGUGCGCGGCGGAGGGCCUGACGAUCACGGCGGAUGCCGCGCUCCUCGAGCAGGCGCUGUUUCAGCUUCUCCGCAACGCCCUCGAGCACGGCUGCGAGCGAACGGAUGGCGAGCCCUGCCGGAUCACCGUGACCCUUGCCUGUCCGGACGGCUGCCCGCGCUUUACCGUGCGCGACGAGGGGCCCGGUCUCUCGCCGCAGGAGUGGUCCGCGCUGGUCAAACCGCUGGCCGUGGCGGGAGACCUCAUGCAGCGCGGCUGCGAGGAGUCGCUCGGGCUCGGCUUGGCGCUGGCCAAACGGCUGCUCGAACUGCAUGGCGGCCGCUUGGAACUCGACGAGGCCGGGCCGGGCGCCGGCGCGGCGGUGUCGCUGAUCCUGCCGCGCUGGCGCCGGCUGGGCGCGGCGGGCGCCGAAACCGCCGCGGGGUAA